UUUAAGCAAACUUUUGUGACAGGAACUGCCUAAUCUCACAAACAUAGGUAAGACUGGUGUUCAGUGUCAAGUGUUUCUAUCACAUGGACACAUACCCUGGAAAGUAGAGGAAAUUCCUCAUCUUCCCAAUCACCAGACAAGAAGACCACAGACAUAUAAUGCAACUAGUAGAACCUCAGAGUAAAAUGCAAGGAUACCAGCAUUCCCAGAUGAUCCCAUGGGUUGUUGCUGUUGUUCUCAUCUCACUUCUCAGUGCCUGUUUUAUUGCAAGUUGUUUGGUUACACAUCACAAAUUUCUACAGUGUAGGAGAGAAACAAAAAUACUUCCAGAGUACCAUAAAAAAUUGAUAUGUACCCGAGAAGCAUCAGGACAGAAAGGGGGUACCUGGACUUGCUGCCCUGUGGGUUGGAGAGUCUUCCAGUCCAACUGCUAUUUUCCUUUCCAUGACAACAAGACCUGGGCUGACAGUGAGAAGAAUUGCUCGGGGAUAGGGGCCCACCUGGCAAGCAUUGUCUCAGAAGCAGAGCAGAACUUCACAACUAAAAUUUUGAAAGAAUUAUUUUCAUACUUCAUCGGACUUAAAAGUGAAAAUGGAAGAGGUCAGUGGCACUGGGUGGAUCAGACACCAUUUAACCCACACAAGGCAUUUUGGCUUGAAAAAAUCAAUAAUAAGCAUAAGGAAGAUUGUGCUGUCCUUGUUAAUGACCAAAACAUAUGGGGCUGGAAUGAUUUUCCUUGUAACGUGAAGACAAGUAGGAUUUGCAAGAUACCUGGAACAGUGCUCAAGUAAAAAUCUACAAAGUGGCCUGCCUGAUGGAGACAGAAAAGAACCAAUGAGAUGUCAGCAUGUAUAUCCAUAUCAAAAUAGAGGAAAGAUAUUGUGUCAUGGGGUGUUGUCAGUCAAAUGGUUUUACUUAUUUUUGUUUAAUUCAUUCAAGGUGGCACCAAUGUGUAUUGAAUGUAAUAUAGUUUGAAUGGAGUUUUGAUAGAAAAAAUUCUAUGUGUGAACCGGUUUUCCUUAUUGUUUUCUGUCUUGAUAAUAUUACAAGAUAUUUACUUUUAAGUUGGUUUACAUUGAUUUCGUAUCUAACACAAUGGCUGGAGUAAUGAAAUUUGUUAUUUUUCUGAAGUUCAAAUUAUUAACUCUUAAAACACAAGUGUAAGACAUUUUAAUUGGCAGUGGUAAAUACAUUUAACCCAAAUUAAAAACAUUUUAAAAUUAUUUUAGAAGUAUAAGUUUACUAUGUGGUGGCCCAUUGCCAAAAUUUUUAACAUUUCUUUAUCCUAACAUUCUGUGACCAGGUUUUAUUCCAGAGCAACAAUAUAGAUUAGUUCCAAAUUAUGGUAUUACACAGAGAAAUGGAAAGGAUUAUUUCUUACUCUAUUCUAAAUGUCUCUUUAAAGCAGGAAGUCUUAAGGUGGUAGAUAAAUUUCUUUUCAGUGAAAAAGUUCAUUACAGACCACUGGAAAUGAAUCCAAUUAUGUAGCUGAGGAAAAAAAAUCCCAGGGAAGCUGAUGGACUCACUUAUGUGCUCCUUGUGAGUCACAGGGCUAGGGUCCUAUCUAUCCAUCACUAGAGAUGAAUAAUGCAUUGCCUUUGAAAUUGUAAGUGGAUUUGUGAGCAUAUCUUGGCCUCUUUAUUAUGAUCUAAAAGUUCUUAAUUACUUAAAAUUGCACUUUAUUGAUGUUUCAUUUAGAAUGUUAAUUAGACUCACAUUUUUGUUAUUUUGUUAUAUCCAAUUUCAAAAUAUAUUAGUCUUUCUUAAAAUUUGCUGAUAUCCCUUUGUUCUAAGAUCCAAAUUUUUGAAAAGCAGCUUUUUAAACUAGCUUGUCAACCAUUAUUUAAGAAAAGCCUAAUAUUUAUUUUGUAAAUCAGUUAUUGAUUUUCUGUUUUGAGACUCACUGUGGAUUAUGUGUGAUGAGAAAGGAUGAUAAUGAUGAUGGCAAUGUCUAUAUGUACAUUUAAAGUAUACACUUAACUCAGAUAUUUUGAAGUGUUGCUAAAUAACUGUGUUUUUCAUAUUCACUAAAGUAAAAACACAAAACUUGUUGAAGCAACUUUGUGUAGGUUCAGCUAGAGUGUGUGUAGAAAAUACUCAUUGUUAAUUCAUAAAAAGUUGUAUACAGAGAUUAUACAGUCAAUAAACUGUGAUCUCUAUGUUACUUCAUUCAUCCAUGCCCAUAUUCAUAUCUAUAAUUUCUUUUCCACAAUUUGGCCAUCUUUCCUCACCUCCAAUACUAUAACCAUACUGAAGCCACUAUUUCUAUCACCUGGGCUAAUGAGCUGGCUUUUCUAUGGUUUUCUCUGUUUUCACUUUCAAUCUCUUCAACUGUCACAGAAAUUUUCUUAUUCUUUGUGAUUUCUUUAAGGUUGACAAUGACUUAAAGCAAAUAGAUUCCAGCUCUUCUAGUACAUUAUACUGACCUUAAAGCUUAAAAGCUAAAGAAUUUUACAUGGUGCUAUUAUUUUUGAAAGAAUAUUGUAUAAAUAUUUUUAAAAGAAAAUAAUAAAUACAUCAAUAAAUGUAUGAAGCAAACGUAUCAUCUACCCUGAACCCCAUUCUCCUGAUACCUCAUCAGAGUAACUAUGACUAUCAGAUUUCAUACAGAUUUCCAUAUAUGUUAAUGGCUACAAGUGGCUGUGUCAACUACAUAUAAAGUGCAUUAUGGAUAUUAUAAAG